CCCUCCCCGGCGGCGGGGAAGUCGCCGCCCGAAGAUGGCCGCCUCCGCGGGGGACGCGUGCGGCGGCGGCGGCGGCGGGGCCGCGGCGGAGUCGCGCUUCAUCAGCAGCGCCAAGGGGAAAGGCCUGUUCGCCACCAAGAGCAUCCGCAAAGGGGACCCCAUCUUCGUGGAGCGGCCCGUGGUGGCUUCGCAGUUCCUCUGGAACGCCCUGUACAGCUACAAAGCCUGCGAUCACUGCCUGCGGGCUUUGGAGACAGCGGAGGAAAAUGCCCAGCGGCUGCUGGGGAGAAGCUCCCAGGUGCUGCCUUACCCGGAGCAGUGCAGCAUCCGGAAGGACCUGCACCAGCAGUGUCCCCAGUGCCAGGUGACGUACUGCAGUGCCGAAUGCAGGCGGUCUGCUUGGGAGCAGUACCACCAGGUCCUCUGUCUCGGCCCGUCCCAUGAGGACCCCACGCACCCCCUCAACAAGCUGCAGGAGGCAUGGAGAAACAUGCAUUAUCCACCAGAGACUUCCAGUAUCAUGCUGAUGGCACGGAUGGUUGCCACUGUCAAACAGGCUAAGGACAAGGACCGGUGGAUAAAGGUCUUCUCCCAGUUCUGCAAUAAGACGGCAAAUGAGGAGGAGGAGAUUGUGCACAAGCUGCUAGGGGACAAAUUUAAGGGCCAGCUGGAACUGCUGCGGUUGCUCUUCACAGAAGCCCUUUACGACGAACAUCUCAGCAGGUGGUUCACUCCCGAAGGCUUUCAGUCCCUCUUUGCCCUUGUUGGGACCAACGGCCAAGGCAUAGGAACCAGCUCUCUGAGCCAGUGGGUGCAUGCUUGCGAUGCGCUGGAUCUCCCCAUGCCGCAGCGAGAGCAGCUGGAUGCCUUCAUCGACCAGCUCUACAAGGAUAUCGAGAAGGAGUCAGGAGAGUUCCUUAACUGCGAGGGAUCGGGUCUCUACGUGCUCCAGAGCUGCUGUAACCACAGCUGUAUCCCCAACGCUGAGACAUCCUUCCCGGACAACAACUUCCUCCUGCAUCUGACAGCUCUGGAGGAUAUCGAGGCGGGAGAGGAAAUCUGCAUCAGCUAUUUAGAUUGCUGCCAGAGGGAUCGGAGCAGACACAGCCGCCACAAGAUACUCAGGGAGAACUACUUGUUUACCUGCUCGUGUCCCAAGUGCCUAGCGCAAGCCGACGAUGCCGACGUGACAUCGGACGAGGAGGAGGAGGGCGAAGGGGAGACGGAUGAUGCUGAGCUGGAGGAUGAGAUGACUGAUGUUUGAUCCUGUGCCCUGGAGGAAGGGGAAAGGCAGGGAAGGAAGGUCCUCCGAGACACAGCAGCUUUAAUACUAGAAACAGGGUUGUGUUGUGGGGUCGGGGUGGGAGGCCACGUGCCGGCGGCGGGCACGAAGGUCUGGUGGUGUGGGGCAGCGGGGGAGCCGGAGGCAGGCCCUGCUCCCACCUGUCCUUGUUGUGUGCUCUGUGUGUGUGUGCGUGUGUGUCUGUGUAUACACGAGUGAGGCCAUCCCCGUCCUUCCCACGUUUCCGGUGGUCCUCUGGUGCAUCGCGGUGGUCCCUGGCGGGGCCUGAGGACUCUUGCAGGGGAUGCUAGAGGAAAGCAGGGUCCGGCCAGCCCCUGGGCCAGGGGAGGGGAUGUCGCGGGCUAGCAGCGGUCACGUCAUCGCCACUUCCGAGGCUGCUCUGUCGUGUCUGUGCUGGCCAUGGGUACGGAGGAGCGCGUCCUUUCCUACCUGGUUAGGAUGAGGGGAGUGAGAGUGUGUGUGCGUGCGUGCGUGUGUGUGUUUGCGCACAAGGGUUACUAUUUAAUGUCUAUAUUAGCACUAUCUACACACUACGGAGCUGAGGUCCUUAUGUAUAUACUCCAUUUCACGUCUUGCCUUGCCUUGCAGCAAGCAAGGGGUGAAACGAUUUUGCAGAUGGGACAGAGAUGCUUUAGGGGCAGCUCAGCAAGCCCAGCGAGGAGAUGGGGAUCGGGGCUGGUACGGGCAUCCCUCCCGCCUGGUGCCCUCGAGCGCUCUGGUCAUGGAGACGGGUGGGCGGAGGGCACAGAGCGGGGUUAGACCUUGCUAAGAGCAUUUGUCCUGUUGCAGGGCUGUGGGGUGGGGCUGGGGAGGAAGAGACCUGCGUUGCCAAAGCCCAGCCCGGCUUUGCCCCCUUCAGGAGGGACCCGUGUCUCUCUGCCAGGGCGCUGCUCCGGCAGCGAUGCGGGCAAGCCUCGGCGGCUCCACAAGCUCGAUAGAGCUGGCAGCUCUCGCUGCCGCGUUGAACGUGGUCCUGGCAGCAGCUCUGAGACGUCCCGCUGCGCGUUGGGGGCUGGGGUCAGGCGCUCAGUGCCUGCAGGCCCCAGGCUCUUACAGCGGAGCUGCACUGGCCCCGGCCUCGCUGGGAGGACGGGCGCGAUUGGGGCCACCGCGCCGGGGCCGCCGAGUGUUUCCAGGCGCAAGGCAGGAUGCUGACGGGGGUUAGUGCUAACUCCGGGCGCUGCGUGGGGAUGUUGCUGGAGCCGGAGGGAUGUCAUCCGUCCCGUGCUAGCACAACGCGCCGGUCGGGUCACCGCACCGCUAGGUUGGGUGGUGCUUCCCCCCCAGCCGGCACGUUCAGUCCCCCUGGCCCCAGUCUCGCCUCAAGACUCGGGUUUUACCUCCUUCUGGGCUGCUCGUGGACGGGGCCUCGCGCCCUUCGGUGUUCGUAAUAAACAGAGUGGUGAAAAGCA